AUGCAAACCGCGGAGGAUUUUGACUCGGGCGAACACAUGGAGGCGCGAACAGGGGACGACAUGUUACCCUUUGAUAUUAAGCAGACCUGCAGAAUGAUUUUCAAUAGGCCAGAGAUGAUCGUUUUUAAACAAGAGUGGGAGGACGACUGCAUAAAGCAGCUAGCCUUGGCCAACGGCUUCGAGAUCGCAAGCGCAAAGAUCAAGACAGGACCCUGCAUGACCUUCUUGGGAGUGGGGACCACAAGCUCCUACGUGACACCCCCCAAGGAGAAGCUGCACUACGGGACCCUCCUGGGCAGCAGAGCUUGUGCCCACAUGGCAGCAGCUGCCUGGGCCAGUGCCUUUCUCAAUGCUCUGCUGCACACAGCCAAUACAUUUUCCCUGCCCCUGUGCCAUGGAAAUGCCCUGGACCGGUUCUUCUGUGAAAUCCCACACAUCCUCAAGCUCUCCUGCUCCAAAUACUACCUCAGGGAACGAAAAGUUUCUGUUUUCACUGUCUCCGUAGCUUUUGGUUGUUUUGUGUUCAUUGUUUUUUCCUAUGUGCAGAUCUUCAGGGCUGUGCUGAGGAUCCCCUCUGAGCAGGGACGGCACAAAGCCUUUUCCACCUGCCUCCCUCACCUGGCUGUGGUCUCCCUGUUUUUCAGCACUAUCGUGUUUGCUCACCUGAAGCCCCCCUCCAUCUCCUCCCCAUCCCUGCAUCUGGCAGUGUCAGUUCUGUACUCGGUGGUGCCUCCAACCAUCUAA